GAUAGCGCUCAGUUCCUUUUGUGCGAACCAUCCUUCUGAAAAACUACACCCCCCAUGACCGCGACAAAUCGUAGCUUACGUUAAAAGAGUCAAAGAGUUUAGGGAUUGUAGUUCAUCCGCUAGUCCAGAAUACAAAAAAGAAUAGGCGUGAUAACCACAAUGAACUACAAUUUCCAAGCUACCAAGCGACGUUGUUCUAGUCAUCGUCUUUCUCGACGCGAGAGGGGGCAUCGGUGACCCUUGGAUGUUGUUAAAUUCCGCGAUAGAUACACCGCUAGUAAAUAAAAAAACAACUUUAACUGUAAUGGUUGUGCUUUUAAUAAGAUGGAGGUAAUCGAGACAAUUGUGAUACAAAACUCCGAAGUGGAAGGAAAGGAAACGGUCGUGUCCAGUGUGGAUACGGAUAAAACAAAAGCAGAAUUUAUCUGGACAGUUCAGGCUACAUGGCAUCUUGUCAAUACCCGGCUUGAAAUGGAUCAGGCCUUUGACCAGCCAGUCUGCAAGAAAAAGAAACUAUGGGAAAUGGUUGCAGAGAAGGUCAAUGCCAAAUUGAGGGAGUCAGAGGUCACUGAUGUCACUGUGAAGGCGUACGAAUGUGAUCUCAAGUGGAGAAACAUGCUGGCCACAUACAGAAAAAACGCAGAGAGGGCCAAGAGGUUGGGAGUGACCAGCGUCCACUGGGAGUUCUUCAAAGCUAUGCACGAAGUCCUGGGUAAGAGCAGGGAGGAGAUCGAAGCCCAGCGCAGGGCCAAACUCAGCGGGACCAAAGUAGGAAAAGCUAUAGCGAGCAAGAGGUUUACCCCUAUCCUCCCUACGCCUCCUGCAACAGCUGCUCCCUGCCCCACCAGGCCUCCGCAGGAUGUCCUGCAGCUGUACAUGGAGCUGCAGGAGAGGAAGAUGAACAUGUGGGCGCAGCAGAAAGCACUGGAGGAGCGAAAAAUAGAGGCCAUCAACAACCUGGCCCAAGCCAUCUCCAGCCUGGCUCAGAAGAACAGCACACAGAUAUCAAAGGAUGGACAUUAGGAGAGAGGAAACGCAAAAUUACCAAGACCUUCCAAGACACUGCAUGAGAAGAACAGCUCGUUUCCAGUGUCUAAUGUUUUUAGACUGGUCCUUUUUCACAUUUUUACCGUUACAGUUUACAGAGUAGCUUGGAUUAGCAGGUGUACAGUAUGAGGCCUCCUCCUGGUGCUCAAAAUAAUGUAAGAAUAUUUUAUUUUUAUACCAAAAUAGAAAACUUGGAUGAGGUUGAAGAGCACACACAAAUGACGCAUCCACCCCCAUUUGUUAAAGAACUCUACGAAAAUAAACUGUACGUAAAUAAAGUAACCAUGGCCGGGCCAAAAGCAGUCAAAUACAAUACAGAUUUCAGUAAUGGGAUUAAUGAAGACACUGGUAUAAAUGUUAAAGUAUUAAUAAGAUACUCUUUGUUGAUAACUCUGUCUCUGUUGUGUGUUUUUUAUGCUGAAAGCUUUCUGCAAAUCUUUCCAGUACAUAUACUUAUUUAGUUUUAAAACAAAUUAUUAGUAUCAGUAGCAGUAAUGCAGUGUGACAGUGCUACCCACUGAGCAUUGGCACAGAAACAGGCUCUGGCUGUCUAUUACCUUAGAGAACGGUACACAAAAUACUGGAAGUUACCCCCGUGCAUCUUCUUAUUGGAACGUGUGGUAAAAUUACUCUAAUAUGACAACUUGCUCAAGCUAGAGGUGAAAUAUGCAGGGGGAGAAGACCUAAGUGUGUGAGAAUGCAAGGGCUCUAAAUGAUGAAAGUAGAAAUGGGACAGUGCUUUGCGACAUAUAAUGUGACGAUACUUUCAUGACAGAACACAUUUCAUGCUAUUGUGGUUUCUGAACUUUAAAUUUAGGCUCUUUUUUUAGGUCUUCUUGUCUACCAGGUGCCUGAUUUGAACACAAAGAAUUUACUUAUAACAAACUAACUUUGUCAAGGAUUAAGAGUAAGCUUCUUUCAGCUGCUCCUUUAUUCACAAAGGGUCACUGCAGUAGAUCCACAUAUUUGACUUGCCAGAUUUUUACACCCAGUGCCAUUCCUGACACGCCUUCCUCCUAAUCUUGGACUAUAGAUCUUUUGUGUGUAAGGAAAAUGUAUUAACGCUACACUAUGGAGAUGAUGAAGUAAAAAAAAGGUAAAUUCUUGAUGAAUUAA